GCGAUUCGCAAAACAUUUUUCAGUGUGUUAAAAAUGUCCGACGAAGUAGCAAAAGCGCAGUCCGCGGAUUCCGCCGCGGAAGAUACCAUUUUCGGUAAAAUUCUACGCAAGGAAAUUCCCUGCAACUUCAUCUACGAGGAUGAUAAAUGCGUCGCUUUCAACGAUGUGAAUCCGCAGGCCCCCAUACACUUUCUUGUGAUCCCUCGCAAAACCAUUCCCCAGCUGUCCAAGGCCUCGGAGGAAGACGAAGCACUCCUCGGCCAUCUGAUGGUAGUCGGCAAGAAAGUGGCGGCCGAGCAGGGACUGGAAGAAGGGUUCCGUGUGGUUAUCAACGACGGCAAAAACGGUGCACAGUCGGUUUAUCAUCUGCACUUGCAUUUCCUGGGCGGUCGGCAAAUGAAAUGGCCCCCUGGCUAAACAGUGUUGAAUGUAUACGUGCUUACAAUCUUCUUAUCGGAUGAAUGCAAAUAAACAGCGCUUAGCGCUUUGGCGGAUUAUUGUUUGAACGGAA